UACUUGGCUACGAGCACGACUUCAAAAUGGCGGACAACGAAGAUGAAUCUCCGUGUAGUCCGCUAAACCACCCACAAAUCAUCUUCAUCCGCCUGGGGAAGGAUAAAUCCAAGGAUGCUAUCCAGAACGAGGUUUUUAAAAGCGUCAGGAGGGCUUUUUAUGGCAGCACAAACUCAGAAAGUGACUCUAAGAAUGACAAGAAUUACCUAGUUUUACCGGAUAUAGAAUCUGCUGAUAUCCAAGAUGUAGCAUUAGGGCAAGACUAUGUUGGGUUACUGCUAAAUGAUGGCCGCGUGUGUAGGUUUAAAUGUAGUUGCAGUGAUGUAAAGGGUUCUGUAAGGGUCCAGCCACCGUCAAACGAGGAACCGAUCUUCCAAGUACAGAGUGAUGAGGCGUUCGCUCGCAGAAUGCAGGAUCAACUCAACUCUGCAGGAAACUUACAACUCUCUAAUUCUGCGCCGUCGGAUAGUAGGACUUUCGAAAAUUUAUCUGCCCAAGGUCCAAGCUUUAGGUCUUUUUACCCUGUAGGGGAAUCAAGUUUGUUAGAAAGUGUAAAUUUUCCAACUGAUUCGACGAAUGGUCUUGAUACGUUACUCUCUUCGACUAGUUCUACUAGAGUUCGUGGUGAGCGCGAAAAUGGAACAUCCCAGAACAGGAAUCAAGGAGCGGAGAGUGUUGCUGAGACAAAUACCACAACACCUCUAACUGGUUCUACAUCAACAUCUAAUGCUACAUCAGAUAGCUCUAGCACUUGGGAGGAACCAAGAAGAGAAAAUGCUUCUAACUCGAGCACUCAAAGUCAAUCAGCAACACAGGGGAGUUCAACUCUGCGUAAUGUACAUGGUAGAACUCUAGAACGACUGCUGGCUCAUAGGCAAUCUGUGCGGAAUUAUAGACGGCAUUCACGGGGUGGGGAACUAAUGGCAAUACCACUCCCUCAAUGGCUAGAAAGUCCCACAGUUGUGCAAAGGACAAUAUUCUCCCCUAACCCUUAUUCAAGGUCUCUCCUAGUACCAUCACAUGUUGUUAUUCCUGCUUAUUCCUUUGAUCAGCAAAGACUUGGUUCAACAUUUAGCUCCAGAUCUGGUUCUAGUUUGACACCAAGAUUCUUGACGUCACGGGCGAGGGGACGUAGGCUUGACUCAUUGGAGUUUAGUUCAAAUAGUCGACCUAGCUCACAAUCUAGGGAUAAUAUUGGUGGAACAAUUGGUAGCGCCAUUGUGGACAGUGAUAGCGAGUUCAAGUUUCCUGAGGUUGGAAACAUGGAAUGGUUGCAGACAGCAUCAGGUGAUCCUGUUCUCUUCUCACAUAUUGUGGCUCUUCACUCUGCAUUUAUCUUGGUUGAAAAAACUCAUGGAACUCUAUACCACUGGCCUUACACAUCUACCCCCCCCAACAUGAUUGCUAUGGAUACUAAUGAUGAUAGUCUAGGGGGGAGCGAGUGCAAGGUCCCCCUUGCUGAGCUGUUCCCAAUGUUGGAAGAAGUGAAACUAGUAGGGGAGAGUGUAGUGUUGCUGGCUGCUCAUCGCAUAAGAUGCACCCUGGUGACAAAGACUGGCAAGAUCUGCACAUUCUACGACAAGAUUAUUAGAGAGUGCAAUAAUGACCAACUACCAGCACUCUUACAGCAGUUGUCACACCCUGCGUUCUCAUAUUCCGAGCUGGAAGGUGACGAAGUUACUGCUGUUGACUGCAGUGACUUCUUUUCUGCAGUCAUGACAAAACGUGGCAAGGUUUUCUGGUGGGGUCUGUUGCCGUCUGAGGAGAGGCAGGAUUUCAAGCAAAAACUGAAUAGAACCAGCAGUAGUGCUUGCAGCAUAUCUGUGAAUGACAAGGUUCAGCUACGGCAGCAUCUCCCUGGUUUUCCAGGUGCACUUGUGUACAAGUCCUCCGACACCCAUGGGUCUCAGCUUGCACGCUUACUGUCCCAUGAGACCGAGGAGGGUGCGGCCCAAACUGGCAUGAAGAUCAAAGUGCGCAAGAUCCCUGGAUCUCCGGAUCUGCCCACCCUGAACAUGAAUAGUGCCAUUCCUAUAAAUAUUCUGCGGCCGGAGGAGAAUCAGAGGGGUGUGGCAUCACCUCGGCAUGUACUGCUGCAGGAAGCAAGAUCAUCCAGCCCUCAUACCAGUAUCAGGAACCGAUCUUCAUCCUCUGACCCUAACUCUAAUAACCCUGAUGUGGAAAUCUGGGAAGUGAAAGAUGUGACAUUCUUGGAGAGUGAGAAUAAGGUCCUGGGUACAGUUGCUGCUAUUGAUGGACCUCAUGUUAUUGUCAAGGUGGCUAAUGCGCCUCCAAACAAUGAUUCACUGAGAGUCUUUAAACUCUCUGAGCUAGAGACUGUUCCUGAUGUUGUUGAAACAUCAGGGGCUUUAUCUGUAAAGUCCUCCAGUUCUAUCUAUCGAGGAUGUCUUAACUCCACACCCAAAUGCAUUUUGGACGCAGGCCGUGCUAUGGACCCAAAUGAAAAGCAGGUGCUUACUGGCCUCAAACCCAUUUCUAUGGCAACCACAGCUGCUGGUGUAUCACUUCUUGUUCAAAGCCUUGACAACAAUAAGACAUACUUCCUUGGUCCAGUGAAUGACAAUGGUAGUGGAGACAAGAUCUACACCUCUAGUUUAGACUCGUCAACAUUGCAAGGCAGUGAUGAUGCCUCAGCUACAGUUGAAGGAGAGAGUGUCCUGAGUGCGGAAGCUGCCUUAGACAGCUGCACAUGGGAAGAAUCCCAUCCUGCUGCUGGUCAAAAAAGAAAGCAGCCGAGUGAGUCUAGUGAAGGAGCUGAUAAUCUUAAGCCUCCAUUUCUAUUCAAGAACACACUAGCAUGCUCCAAGUUCUCCUAUGAACAUGCCCAGCAUCCCUCCCUUCACACCACAACAGGCUCAAAUGUUGUUUUCUUGUGUGACCGGAAUGGAUGCUUGUACCCUCGACCAUUUGGUACCAAGCUUUCAGAUCCCUGUGCUACUGAGCUACCUCCUUUACAAUGCUUCGGGCUGACUCACAGACUGGGGUUUGUUGGGAGUGCAGUCAAGGAAGAACAGGUCCUGAUGGUAUUUGUAGGAUUCAAGGAGUUGACAUUGAUACCUGCCAUCCAGUCAGGUAUUGUGUCCAAAGCACAAGGUGUCCUAGACAUGCUGGAGGCCUUAAAUACUAAUGUGAUGGGACAGAAAGGAAAGAAGGGGCCCUUGGAGAAUUCUGCCAAAAGAGUGGCUGUAGAAAACAGUGAAGGACAACCAGAAAAGUCAAGCGAGCACCUGGAGUCUAGUGAAUACCUGGAGCUGUGUACAGUUGUGCGGCAGUGUAUCAAUGAGCAUACAAGCUCAAACCAGAAUGUGCUUCACGUGUGUGUUGUAAACCCUGCGUUUAUGUACACACCUCAUGAGGAUGAAACUAAUGAUGACAAGCAGAGCACUAUUGGGAAACUUCUAGCAGAGUAUAACAAAGCCAAAUCAGACUCAAAUUCUUCUGACAAGGAUGUUGAGGUUGCCGUGCUCAGUAAACUGCUUACUCAUCCAUUAUUUGGCUCUGAAACAGUUCCCAAGCUCAAGGAACAAGAUGCAAAAGGCUGCACUCCAUUUAUGCUUGCUAUUCAGUGUCAUAACUUCAAAGCUGCUUUGUACAUCUUGAGCUUUGUAGAGAAGAACAAAGGAAAGUGCUAUGGCAGCUGCUCUGUUUCUCUCGAAGACAUGAUCUUCAGCUGUACAUUUAACGGCAUGUCUCCAGUUCAUGCACUUGCAACAGCAUGCACUGAGAACAUGCCUCCCAGUGGUCUUGGCAAUAGCCUGACGGUAUCCAACUUACCAUCCAGCUAUACCCCACGUAUGCUGCUGAAGCUCUUCCAAUCAAGAUACCCAUCCGCUUACAGAGCAACAAUCCCUCCUAUGAUUGAAGAGAAGAAAUACCCUAAAGCCAAAACACCACGUCAAAGAUUGCUUGAAAAAUCCCAGAAGGAGAAAGAACUCCUAAACUGCAAGAAGCCAACUGUGCCAAAACCUGGCACUCUAAAUGCUCCAUCUAGCUCAACAUCAGGGCUGGGCUCAAGGCUGUGGGCUCAGACUCCCAGCUUCAGUGACAAUAAUAGAAUUCCAGUCAUUGGAAGUCGGAGAGAGGCAAUACAAGGUAUGGUUAUGUUCUCUGAUGGGAAGGAGCUGCGCCAGGCUCUGACAGAGAUGAAUAAGCACAUGGUGUCAAGUGAGAAUGUGGCGCCCGAGGGCGGACUAACCAGCCUCAUACAACACGUGCUAGAUGUGCAGCUCACUGAGGUCUCUGCUCAAGAGAGCGAUAAAGUUGAGAUGGAAGUUGGUAUUCGUGGGUCAGUCUACAACGUGUCAACAUCUAGCGGUACCACUAAGAUCAGCAGAAAAACUCAAACUAGUGACUCCACAGAGGACACAGAGACGGCAAACGAAGAUGGUCUCAUUUGCCAGCUUUUUGCCUAUUUGCUGUCAUACCCGCAGAUGGCCCAUGUCACCAACGAAGUACAAGAGACUGUGCUAGCCUUCAUGAUCAACAACACCCGCUGGAUCAAGCUCUCGCAGGCGCAGGGCCAGCGCCUGGUCAAAUACAGUAGCACCAUGUUCGGCCCUGGAGAGCCUCCCAACAAGGGAGAUGGUACCUCGGCUACCAGGCAGCCUAACUCAGGCGAGGACAUCACUGCAGAAAUCAAAAUCACAGGCACCAGCGGGUCCUCAUCCAUCGAAAGUAACCUUCUCGCGCAGCUAGAUGAGAUUUCUAGCAGUUUUAGAAACCUGGUGGACACGCUGGCAUCCCUUGAGGGUCGUCCUGCAGAAGACCAGGAAGCAAGCGCUGGGAACAGUACUAAGGAGGGAACUGCCCAAGAAGGCCAGGCGAGCUCUUCGGGUGAUCUUAUCGACCUGAGUGAGCCUGGCCCUUCUUUGCCUCAAAGUCCAGGUUUCUCCAAGGAUGAAAAUCUGCCUGUUUUGAUACAACUUGCAAAGAACUGGCACUGCGUAGCUACGACGGUUUUGGGACAUGAUCCUAAUGUCUCCUCAGAUGUUGAUAUGAAUGUCCCUAGUUCCAGGCCAGGCCCUGCAUGUGAUAUUGAUGCAUUCGUUUACGAGCUUUUGGUCAAUUCCAAGAAAGCAGUGCUGGCUACAUUUGUAGAGACUAUUAUUAAAGAGAUGAACAAAUACCCUGAGGAAUUGAAACUGGCAUCCUCUAGCGAGGGACUUGAUAGGGAGGGUGAGGGGACGGCUAGCAGGGUCGCUAUUAUGGUAGGAACAAAGUUCCUGAGGGCUGUUGUUCGUCAAAUGUCAGUGCACCUCAGUCGUAGCGGGGUGUCAUAUGUGGACCUGCGGAGCCGACUUGGCGUGGGUUCCCCAUCGGGUAUGCACUCUUUGGAGGGAUCAGAGCAGAGCAACAGUGUUCAGUUCAAGAGUAAAGUCAGGAUGGUUUUGCGUGCCUUCUCUUGGCUAGCCGUCCAUGUGCUGGUAGAGGCUUCUGAGGCCACGGUGCUCCCUGUGCGUGAGGGAGUCGCUAAAGCACAGGCGCGGUCUACAGGCGCAAGCAUCAGUAAUAAUGUCACAAGUCCCAAUAUCUUUCCUGGACGAUACCGGGGAGGUCGACCAGGUAUUCGUGUAAGUCAGUAUGAUUCAAGGUCGCCCUCGCAAGAAUCCACGCUACGCACAGCAUACAGGCGGCCGUCUGAUCCGGUGUCAGGCCCAGUCCGUCGCUGCCGUGGCACACGUCUUGCUGCCAUCAGAGAGGACUCCAGCUCACCCGAGAAAACUCGCAGCCCCAGUCCUCUCAAUGUGCCACGCUACUCACGGACACAGGGCAGGCGUGGUUCCACCAUGGACAGUGAUAGUGAGUCGGAUGAUGAUGAUGAUGAUGAUGGCACUAUGAUCAGACGGGCUAUGGAGGAUGAUAGUGAUCUGGAUAUUGAGGAGACUGAGGCAUCACGCGUCUCGCUCGCCACUGGUGGCCUCAACCGAGACCACCCUUAUGCCUGGGCUCUAGACGGCAGACUGUCAGGACUUGGUGAUCAAAGCAGCAACAAUCACUCACACAUCACUUUUCCACACUACAUCACGAAUAUCAUCACCCCACCCAGCGUGCACACUGGGAACUGCUACCUGACCCGCAUGUUCUCACGCCUCGUUAAGGAAGCGGUGGACCUGGUACGUGUGCUGAGCUCGUGUGAGGAGGAGAAGGAGUGUAUUGCCGAUGAGGGGUUUCUCCCCACCCUUUGCAUGAGCCAGGAUGAGUGUGCAUCCAUUCAACAUCAGGUGACAGUGGUGCUGGACGCCUCCUGGGUGUGGCUUGCCAAGAUCAUGGACGUGGUGGAAGGGCAGCUGCAUUGUGGGAAGGAUUUUGAUACGAAGAGGUACCUCUCGUCGCUUCAAAGGCCAGAAGACUCAGAGCUAGCACCCUUACCUCGGUCUGGUGGUAGCAUGCCAGGUGCUUCCCCAGAAGAGUACCUCAUGUUCUUACUACGUGCCCAUAGCAACGAGCAUAGAGAUACCCUCCCCGUGAUUGACAUGUUAUGCUACGAGCAUAUGGUGUACGUGCUGGAUGCAUUUAUCUACUCUAUCAACAAUUGGCCGAGACUGGACACUAGUGCCCAGCCUCCUGCCCAGUCCCCCACUCCCGGACUUGCUCGCGAGGCAACCGAGGCUGGGACGUCAUUGCAUCAGCACUCGCGCAGGCUCAGCCGAGAGAGCGAGGAAUGCGUCCGAUUUUAUGGCAUGGACGUGAUCGGACAAGAGAGGGACACCUUUUUGAAUAACCUUCAGGCCACACUUCAGCAAAAGUCCCGGAUGCUUGUUCCCAAGGCAACCUGGGAAGUAUUCACCCAUAAUGUGGGACUGUCACGCCUCAAGUCUGUGGAAGAUACCAGUAAACAGACUGGAAGCGACGAGACCUCGACACUUCCGGUCACGCCAAAUACCAUUUCUAGUUCAGUGUAUCCCUCGCCACUGGCUUUAAACUGGACGACAGACGAGACUGUGGAGCGAUGGAAGAUCGCAGUCGACCUGUUCUCACGUCUUUUCCUGGCAGAUGGACCAGGAGCCGAGAGAGAUAGCUUCCUGGCCGUGCGGGCGGGUGUUGCUGGGCGGCUUGCCCGCUUCCGACGCACCAUGGUUUACCUUAGAGAGUCAGUGACCGCUGAUAAUCAGCAGCCAGGCAUGGGAGUCAGUGGGCUCAGGGUUGGCACUACGCUGUCGAUAUCAGUCAAGAGAAGUCGACUCCUAGCCGAUACGCUCAAAAUUCUUUCAGAGAUGCAGCCGUUUCACUACAGUAAUUUCCGCGCGAAGUUCGAAGGAGAGGAGGGUUCAGGUCCUGGCGUCAACAGAGGGUUCUUUGCUGCUGUUGCCAACGCUUUGAAGUCAGACGAAAAGGUACCACCAGACACGGCAAUGCUCAUGCAUGAGCCAGGCAAGCUGCCCGAGCAGAGCGGAUUCUAUGCACCCAAGCCUUACGCCACCUCCUCUGACAUACGUGCGGACUCGCAGAUCAAGACCCGACGACUUAAGAUGUACACUGCAAUCGGUCGCUUUAUUGGCCUCAGUUUGUGGUUCAAUAACACUGUACCACUCAACUUCAGCAGACACGUUGUCAAGUUCCUGCUUAGCAGGGAUGUGACAUGGGAAGACCUCGCUUUCUUUAAUGCGGACCUGUUCGAGGGACUCAGCCGUAUGAUGAUUGACGCCAACCACCCCCUGAUGACGUCAGAGACUUUCCAGGCCACCUACUGCUGUCAUUUCGAGACAUCCGUUGGGGGUACGACUGAAGAGCUUGUCCCUGGUGGCUCUCACUUGCCGGUGUCUCCAGAAAACAUCUACCAGUAUGUCAGGCUGUACGCAAGCAAGGUGAUGAUUGGCUGUGUAGAGGCAGAGCUACAGAGCAUGCGCAGUGGAUUGUAUGACGUCAUUCCUAGCGAGCUGCUGACCUCCCUGUCACCUGAGGACUUCCAGCUUCUCGUGUCUGGGGGCACGACUGAUAUUGACAUGAACAAGCUUCGAUCAGUCAUCACCUUCACGAACAGCAACGGCUGCUCCAAGGACAUACUGGAGCGGUUUAAACGGUGGUUCUGGUCCAUCGUCCAGAAAAUGACUCCGCUUCAGCGCCAGCAGCUGCUAUAUUUCUGCACCGGUAGUGCAGUGCUACCUGUGAUGAGCGAUAGGCGUGACCCGGACCAAGAACUGAACAUCACCGUUGACGUAAUCAGUGGAAACACAAAAGCGUUGCCUAUGGCAACUACAUGCGGUCAGCGGAUGAGCAUACCCCUGUACCCAUCCAAGAGGAUCUUGAAGAAAAAGCUGUUGCAGGCAAUACAGUGCCAGAGUUAUGGCCUUGGCUAAAGUCCGCGGUACUCUAGGUUAGAAUCCGCAAUACAGCUAUGCUCAUGGUUACAGUGUGUGUGCGUUACAGCUACGGGAUUGGUCCGCGGCAGAGCUACGGCAGUUUGUGACAGGGACCUUUUUUGGUCUCUUGGAAGGGUUUUAGGUAGAGGUAACAGACUUCUGUGAGCUAUGAGAUUUCAGCCAUAAAAUUCCCGCAUUGGCUCGGGUUCUCAGAGAGGACACUGAGUGUCGAAGACCCAUUGCGACGCGCGCUACUGUGGCCACUUGACAGUUUUGGGUAGUAAGCCAAUAGGGAACAUAAAAAAGUGUUGUUUGAUUGAUAUGAACAUUACUAGCCAAUCAGCGUGCAAAAGAAAUGUGUAUCAGAAAAUGACGUAAUAAUGAUACUCAUGAUUCUAGUGCCAAUUAAAACCGUGACUCGAAUCCUGAUUGGCUAACUUUCUUGAAACCUUGUAGGCUAUGUGCAUGCUGAUUGGCUAACUUUCUUGAAACCCUGUAGGCUAUGUGCAUGCUGAUUGGCUAACUUUCUUGAAAUCCUGUAGGCUAUGUGCAUGCUGAUUGGCUGACUUUCUUGAAACCCUGUAGGCUAUGUGCAUGCUGAUUGGCUUACUUUCUUGAAACCCUGUAGGCUAUGUGCAUGCUGAUUAGCUGACUUUCUUGAAACCGUGUAGGCUAUGUGCAUGCUGAUUGGCUGACUUUCUUGAAACCCUGUAGGCUAUGUGCAUGCUGAUUGGCUGACUUUCUUGAAACCCUGUAGACUAUGUGCAUGCUGUUUGGCUGACUUUCUUGAAACCCUGUAGGCUAUGUGCAUGCUGAUUGGCUGACUUUCUUGAAACCCUGUAGGCUAUGUGCAUGCUGAUUGGCUGACUUUCUUGAAACCCUGUAGGCUAUGUGCAUGCUGAUUGGCUGACUUUCUUGAAACCCUGUAGGCUAUGUGCAUGCUGAUUAACUGACUUUCUUGAAACCCUGUAGGCUAUGUGCAUGCUGAUUAACUGACUUUCUUGAAACCCUGUAGGCUAUGUGCAUGCUGAUUGGCUAACUUUCUUGAAACCCUGUAAUGUUGGCUACGGUAGCGCGCGUCGCACUAUAAUAGAAUUAUAAUUGAAAAACACCCAUGUAAACUUAACGCAUGAUUGUUUAUAAAUCUAGCUACAAGCACUUGUCUUGUUCACGAAAACCGCACAUUGCUUAUCAAUGGAUUGAAUUUGUCACAUUUAGAUGACCAUGAUUUCGAACCCUAUUAAGGGUGUAUUUUUAGAGUUUUAUUCGUAUAAUCGUUGAAAUAUUGUACAUUUGUAAACAUCUCCAUUGGUAGAAUGAAGGGUGAGAUUCCUUGCCCAGAUUUAGCUGGGGAUAUAAUAUGUUUCAUAAUUCGCAAUUAACUGUGAAUUAAUUAAAAUAUUUUAGCGAUGUGUACUUCUUGACAACAAGUAGGGAAUGAUCUCACUGGUAAAUAUUGAGUGGCAAUUGUAUUUGUACUCGAAAUGCUAGCUAUUUAGGACUGUGUUUGUACGCGCUAGCUAACUGGGACAAAUCUUUUGUUCAGGGUAAGGUCAUGGAAUAAAAACAGAUUCCUUCGGUA